UACAACACAGCCUUCCAUCCUCGCUAAAUAUUCAUUCACAUACAGCCGGUUCGAAUCCCGCCUUCGCGCAGUAAAGACGACCGGUCUGGUGCAGCCUGCUGCGAUUUCGACGUCGCUGUUUUUGUUUUUCUUGUUGUCGCUCGUCGCUUGUUUCCUUCCGGUGGUCGUAGCGGUGCCGGUAGUGGUGGUGGUAUACAGUGGUUGGUGUGAGUGAUUGGGGUUUGUUUAUUUAGAAGGGGAAUAGGCUGUGGAACAAGUGAAACAGACACUCCACAAAGAAUGAUGUUUUCCGGUCUUUCCUAAAUCCCCCCUCCCCCAAACCUCACCAUGCUCUCCUACAUGCUCCCGGUGGAGGACAAACCUCCACCGGUGCCCAAAAACCUCCAGCUAAGCCUAGCCCAUCAGUCCCACAACGGAAACCAUAACCAUACUCCAACAGUGGGAAAUUCUGCCAGUGCCCAUCAGCCGCUGGCCAACGGAAAAUCAGGUACCACGCCCAUCAGCAAAGAGACUAGCGUGAGUUCGUUCGUGAGUGACACCACGGCGACUGCGAGUCACAGUUCCAUCACUCCGACGAGUACGAGUACGGAUAAGGGCAAGCCUAAGAUGGCGAUCAAUGGUGGCAAGCAUCAAACGCUGAAAAGAGUAUCGUUUGGUAGUUCCAAAGGUUCCAUGGUUGAAACCCUUAUUUUCGAAAGUCCUUUACAAGAGGAACCUGAACCGAGUCCAAUUCCAGAGAAUGGAGAUGGUUCUACUAAUGGCUGUGAUAAAGAAGACGAACGAGAAAAAGUACGAGUGACCUUCUUCCAACAAUCGAAACCCCUCGAAGUAGAUCUGCCGGAUGACCCACCAUUUUGCGACCACGAAUUCGUAAUGUCCUCCCCGGUUUUGAAAAAUGACGUCAACCACGUCGUCUACAACCGAACAGAAAGUACUGAAAGUGGCUGGGACAAUCCUUUCCGUCCUGGUGGCGACCUCUCGCGGGAGGCGGACGAAAUAGUCGAGCUAAUCAAAGGGGGGAAACCCAUAACCCCCACCCCUGAUAGCCACGCACCUCCACUACCCUCCGGCGAUGGUACGGGGGUAUUAAACCACACCGCGUUAGACGGCGUGGACUCAGCCAGCCCUAAGAAGGUAAACAAUGAAAUGAUGAUGACCAAAAAUUUUAUAAUCAAGACUGCUGCUACCCAAAAUGCCGCCUCGCCGAACCAAUCGAAAACGAACGGUACCACGGAUAAGAACCCCGGCCCGGGACAGGUGGAGGUCCAAAGAAGUACCCUGAAGGAAUCGGACGCUGCCCAGGUGGAACACGUCACAAUCAAAAAGAAGGGGAAGUGCAAGUGUUGCGUGAUAUCGUAAACUGACAAUAUAGGGGAAGCUCGAUAGACGGGUACAGAUCACAUAAAACCCAUGCAGCGCGGUAUCAACAUGAUGUCUAAGUACUAAGUAACUCUGUUCAGUAAAAUUACAAUUAUACCACAGUGGUAUAAUACUUCCAGAUUUUACGUAUAAUUAUACAAUUACACAUACAUACAAUUGUACAAUGGAGUUUUAUCCACUCAAAAAGUGAAGCAUUUAAAGCGAUAUUUGAUCCCACUAGUGGCGUAAAAUAACUUUUCUUUUGAACGUCACAAAAAUAAUAAUUUUAUGGACACUGGAUUUAUAAAGUUGUAAUAACCUCGGGUAAUUAUUCCUACUCUCUAAAACCCCUAUGUAUGUAAUAAAUAACUAUUAGCUAUAGUCACUAUCUAAAUAAUAAUUAUUGAAACUUCUCUAAUUUUUCAACAUAGUGAGCAGGGUUACCUACUGAGACUUGAGACCUUUUUAUUAUCAACUUCAAUUCGACUUGACGUUGAUUUUGUUGAAAUCUGGUACCAAUUUAUUGUUAAAAAUGGUAUACCUAAUUUUUUCUUUUUUUUUAAGUGCUGUUUUAUUGUACCUAUUAUAUAGGCAGUGGUAUUAAAAUACGUUUUACAGAAUCAAAAAUCAAAAUACAAAGUACAAUUAUUACUUUAGAAACUUUAAUAUUUCUUUUAACAUUAAUUUUUAUAUCAAUAAAUUUAUAGAACUAGGUAUAUUUUGAUCUAAAAUACAGUACAGAGUAUGUUUAUUUAAAUAUCGAAGCUUCUAUUGUUUCUGCUGUGUUAUAAAUAGUUAAAACAAUUAUAUAUACAGUGUUAUUCAUUAAAAUACAUACAUAUGUAGACAGAUCAUGAAAAUCAUACCUAUUUAAGAUUGUAUUUUGU